GUGGCCUGUUAAUAUAUGCAGCUUUUUCUCUUCAGCGUCUUUAGUCCUGACUAAUCAACCUCUCUUUUUAAAGUCGAACAGGAACGUAAGAAACAUGCCUCUGGCAAAAGACUUGCUGCAUCCUUCUCUUGAUGAGGAAAAGAGGCUGCAUAAAAAGAAGCGGUUGGUCCAGAGCCCUAACUCAUACUUCAUGGAUGUUAAAUGUCCAGGCUGCUACAAGAUCACCACAGUGUUUAGCCAUGCCCAGACGGUAGUACUGUGCGUAGGUUGUUCCACAGUGCUCUGCCAGCCUACAGGAGGAAAGGCCAGGCUGACAGAGGGUUGCUCAUUCAGGAGAAAACUACACUAAAGAUGGUGAAGAUCAAACUGUCACAUUCUACAUAUAAAUCAUGACCAGAACCUUUUAAGAGGGGCCUGGAAAUCAGCAGCCUACAAUCAUGCUAUACAAAUGACAGUGUAGCACAGUGAUUCCCAACCAGCUGUCUGUGAGUAAACUCCAGGUGGUCUGCAAACAACUGCCAGAAUUCAGUUACGCAGUUCUUGCACAAACCCAUUUCUACACAAUCGCACGUUGUGCUACUAUUACUAAGCAACACAACAAACAGCUGUAACCAUGUGAUUAUAUCAUUAUAAGAUAUGUAUAUAUCUGUAUCUGUUUUCUUUUAUUGCGGGUGUGUUUAUAAAUUAAAGCUACCAUUAAUUGAAUCAGCUUUCUAAUGUGAAGCAAAUACUAACUAAAUAACUUACACAUUAUGAAUGCACGUUUGUCUUUAGCUGGCGUUAUUAAAAAUAAAUAAAUAAAAAAUAAUCUGGUUGUCCCAACCUUUUCACUCCGAAAAUUAGUGCACUGCAUUGAAUAUUCCUAACUUGAUUGGAAUGACUAAAUAAAACAAAACAUUAAAA